UAGGCCCCGCCCCCGCGGCGGCCGCUGGCGCCCUCACUUCCUGGGGCCGGGGAGGGUGGAAUAUGGCGGCGGGAGGCCGGGGCGGGCGGUGGCUGCCGUCGCCGCCGCUGCUUCUCUGUCCCGUGUCUGCUCUGCUCCUUGCAGCAGGUCCGGGCCUCGCCGCCUCCUUUUCCUCCUUGGCGGGCAGCCCCGGCGCGUCGCGGAACCGGGUGCAAGUGCUGGGCGGCUCUAACUGGAGCCUGGUGUUGCAGGGCCAGUGGAUGUUGGAGUUCUAUGCUCCUUGGUGUCCAGCUUGUCAACAAAUUGAACCGACGUGGGAGAGUUUUGCAAAGGAAAGUGAACAUCUAGAUAUCACUGUGGGAAAGGUGGAUGUCACUCAAGAACCAGGCUUGAGUGGUCGUUUCUUUGUCACAACUCUUCCUACAAUUUACCAUGCAAACAAUGGAGUAUUCCGCAGAUACCGAGGCUCCCGGACACUGGAAGAUCUUCAAGGUUAUGUUUUGGAGAGAAAAUGGGAACAUGUGGAGCCUGUAGCAGGAUGGAAGUCUCCAUCUUCUAUAAUGAUGCAUUGUAUGGCAGGCCUAUUUCACCUUUCUGGAUGGAUCAGGCAAAUUCAUAGCUACCUCACUGGCACUCUUGGAAUUCAUGUUUGGAUUUCUUACGCAAUCUUCAUCUUGGCUACCUUACUGAUUGGCCUGUUCCUGGGUUUGAUACUUGUUCUGAUUUCAGACUGCCUUUGCCCAUCCAAGUCAAGAUACGGAGCUGAAACUUCUGAAGAAGCAGUUACAAAGGAUAAUGUGGAGAAUGCAGCAUUAGAAGAACCGGAGGAGGCUGCAGAGCUUUCUGCAGAUGAUGCAGAAGAGAAUGCAGAUGAUACGGAAGAGACUGCAGAUGUAAAAGAUCUUUCAGAUGGAGAAGAUGCAGCAAAUUCAAGUGCUGAUGACUCAGAGGAGGAUUUAGCUCUUGAAAAAGACUCAGGGGAAGAAGAAAUGGAAGACUCAAGUGAACAACCUUUAGCUGAUACAGAGACUGAAAGCACAGUAAGGCAGCGUAAAAGUCAGGUGGCUGAUGAUAAACUAUAGUUGUUUCAGUGGUGUAUUUUGUACACUUGGACCAAAGAAAUAUCAGACCCUCUGUCUGAAGCUUACACUUGAUUUGUCAUUUGUGUUUACGCAGUAUCUCUGCUCUCUCAGCAGACUUCUUUUUCUUAAGCUAGUACUUGCUUACUGGGUUUGUUUUAUAAGUACAUAUGCUCUUUAUUGUAUAACUUUAGCCAUGACAAUCAAAAUAAGUCUGUCUUACCUGUUUGAAGUCUCCUGAAAAGGGAUGUAACUGAGGCUUAGUUCACCAGCUAUCAGCAGUCAUCUAUGCUUGCAUUACUUUGUAAGUGUUGACCUGAGCAAGACUUUAGCCCUUUACAGUCUCUUGUCAGGACUGACUUUUCUGUCUGAAUGUUGUUGGUUUUUUUAAAUGCUACAGAAGUACCAGAUAAGUGAUACAGUAGUGAAAGAAGGCACGUUACUAGUCUAUUAAAAAUGUUUUGCAUGAUGGUUUUUUUUAUCACUUUUGAUUGAAGCACCUUUCUCUUUCAUUUUAAUUAAUGUUUGUUUUCAAAAAUUAUCAAAUGUUAUGCUGUGUGCCCUCCAGAUUUUUCUGGUUUUGGUAAUAUGGAGACAUGCAGCACAGCUCAAGCUUUUCAGCUGGGAUUUUAGACCCAAGGAAUCUGAGUAAGAGAAAACCUCAGGCCAAGAGAGUGGUAGUUAAAUGUUAAAAUAUGCCUGAACUUUUAAAAGGUUUAAAGGAAAUUAUUUUUAUGAGGGGUGAUUUUUGCCAAAGUGUGACUUGUUUGUCUGGUUUUGUUUUGUUUGGUAGGAGGUUUUUCUUUGUUUUUUUCUUGGUUUGUUUUUGGUUUUAGCCACCACCUCUCCCCUUCAAGAGAUCGUAGCAAGAAGUAUUCAUUUUUCAGUCAGUAAGUUGUUAGUUUCUUGCCAAUACAAGCUUGUUAUAGGCAGUACAAAUCUGCCAUUCUCAACUCAAUACUUGUGGUAGAACUCAAACUACUUUAGUAAUAUUAAUCAAAAAGGCACUUGAGGCUUUACCUGUGAUCACUUUUCUACUUUUUGUCACUGUAAUCAGGAGCUUAGGAAAAGAGAGGGGCAUGGGUGGGUAGCAGGGAGAAGUUUUUGGUUUACUCCUUUUAUCAAGAUAAACAUGGAUCUGUUGAACAGUGUCAAGUUAGUGGCUUGCCAGGUAGACCAUACUAGGUGUUGUUACAAGAGUCAUUAAACACAGCAGUAUUUUCUUCCUUCGACUUGGUCAAUAUUUAAGGCACUUUCCUAUUUUAUGGAAUAUCUACAGUGAGAUCCUGUAUGUUCCUGUUUUGUUGAUGUGUGAUCGUGUGCAUAAGAUGGGGUCUUAAUCUUGAUUUUAGAUAUAUAUAUAUAUAUAUUGCAUUAACCUUGCUAAUGUGUAUGAAUUUCAUAUUCUUCUUUGAGAAUAAUCAGAGAUGAAAUCAUCUCUCAUUAGAAGAGACAAGUUGCAAGUGCAAAAUGCUGGUUUCCUUUGAGACUGAGAUUAAUAUGGCAUAUUUGUGUUUAAAGUUAUUUUGUUAUGUUUUUUUUUUUUAAUGCUCAUAAAGAGCAUAUUUACCAAGAAGCUUAACUUUUCCUGUCUGUGUCCUGUUACAUAUUGUAUAUUGGAACUUGGCAUUUGUCUGCUGCAGCUGUGCAAAGUACAAAAUUACACUGCCUGUAUUCCAUAUGAGUUUUCUUAAGGAGCUUUCUCAACCUGGAGCUUGAAUUUCAUACAGUGGACACAUGUAAAUACUGCUUUCACUUGUGUGAAAACAUACAGCUGAUAAUAUAUAUAUACAUUGCACUAUAAUGAGAACAGUUUGUCUUGUGUUACCUGGGCAAUAUCCCAUGUAAUUGAGCAAUUUUAGAAGCUUACAGCAGAACUCAGCAACUGAGGUACAUAGAAGCAUUUUUUUAUAUUUUUCUUAAAAAAACCCUCAAACUCCACUCCAAACUCAACUUAAGCUGCUUCUUAUAAAAAGAAACUUGUAGCUGCUAUAGUCUGGAGGGAACAACUGUGCACCUAAAAGCUCAGAGUACAGAUUUGUUGUUUCCAUGAUGUAUUUGCUUUUUUCAUUAUCUGUGCAUCAGGAGCUCAUAAAAGUUUAAAAGAAGACUUUAACCAAGCAAGAGUCAGUGUGUAUAUUAUCCCCUCAGUCAUGGAUCCAAAACUACCAGACACCGAAAAUUAUGUGGGACCGUAUCCAGCAGAAGCUGAGGGCAAUGAUGACUUUGGUUGUGUACCAAAGAGGAUGUUUGAUGCUGCACAGGGUCUUGGGAUACUCUGUGUGUAGGAGGGAGCAUGUCAAUAUUAAAUUUUCUUUACUUUUGUAAUAUGGAACCAGUCAUUAAAUGCUCUUCAGCUGUUUAAAGAGAUUUUAGCUGUAAAAGAUACAGAAGGUCCCUAUGCCUCGAAGGGGCUUUGUGUAUUUUUUCAAGUAUGAAGUGCUAAAUAGUGAAGUGCACCUCUUUUCAGUGCUAAAGAUGAGCUAUUUGGGCUUUUUGAAUAUCUGGACAAAUAAGGUGUUCCCACAGUGUUAGAUUUCAUUACAAUGUCUUUGAAUUUAAAAGCCAAACAAAACACAAACCACGAAAGUCACCUUGUCCUACAAGACAGGGUUUAUGAGACACUGUGAGAAAUAUCAGAAGCUCCUUUGUGUGGUGAUUCUUUGAAGUCUCUGCUUUUGUCUGGUUUUGCAUGUCACUGUUAAGUUCGAAGAUGUUAGGUAUUUUUCCAUCAUAUUAGAUCUAACUAAGACCACGUAUGGGAUUAAGGGGGAUUAAGUAAACAGGCAGAAAAGUGACAGCAAUUAGUCUCUUCCUAGGUCUGUUUUGUGAAUCUGGAAAUGAGCUAAAUUAGGCUUCUACAGUUUCUUGAAUGUAAUUUGUAUGCCAUUGCUCCUGUGUUUUCAUUAAUAAAGUAGGGAAUAUUAAUGCUGACUUGGGUUUGACUGUAUUUGACCUGUUGUAGAAUAUCUUGUUACAAAGAUCACUAAAUUCUAUUAAGACUUUAGAAAAGAUGAUAUGCAGCCAUCAAUAGCUUCAACUUGAUUGUAAAUUUGUAGGAAAAAUAUUUUGGCCUGGUACUAGAGAUACCUUUGAUUAAUGUUCAUCUGGUAAACAAGAAGUGGCAGAAACUGUAAGGACUAAAUUUUUGGUUAACAAAAAGACCAGUAGAUAUGCAGGAAGGUUAAUGUUAAUGUACCUUUCAGAAUAAUUUUUCUACUUUAACACAUUUUAAUUGAAUCAUGCAAGUAUAGUACCAGUUAGAUGAUAAUGAUAGUAUUAAACUUGAUGUAUUUAGAAAAAAAAAUUAGUAUCAACUUUUUGUGCAAUCUGAAUGUUCUGUCGCCACUUUUCUGUCAUGAAUAAUGUUAAAAAAUUGAACUUGUUCUUGCAACCUUGGUAUAGACAAAAUGUCUUUGGAGAGGCUGCUGCUAACACUGUUAAAAAUGUUUUGACAAAGGAUGGGGCUGUAAGGUUUGGAAACUAGAGCUGUAUGUCAAAAACUACUCAUUUUUUGAGGAGCAGUUUAAAUUCCAAAUGGGAUGCACGCCAUUCUGAAAACCAGUCCCUGAUAGAGCUGAGCAUGAAUGCUUAAAAGCAAGUCAUUAAAAAGAUCUGGUGGGUUUCUUAUUAAAUUGGCUAGAAAUACAUAUGCCCUGUCAAAACACCUGUGCUUGAGAUUUGUGUGAAACUUAUAUGCACAUCUUGGAAUAUUCUAUAUGUGCUGCAUCCCUGCAGGGUAGCACUUAUGUGGGAUUUCAUGAUGAAAAUGUUACACAGGUUUGUCUUUUAUAUAGAAGUGCUGCAAAUUU